AUGUCUCAAGUCGAGCUGCAGCUUGUCAUGAUCCCGCUGGACUGGUGGGUCGAGGCUGCACUGCACCGGACCGGAUCCCGUACCCUGCCGCCUCUCACGCCUGCUUUAUCCUCUCUUGCUUUGGCCACCCGCCCAGAACCUGCCCAAUUACCGCCAGAAUUCAAACAUUUUAGUGCCCGUUUUGCGGAGUGGAUUCGUCGUGGCAACUGCUGGCAAGUUGCGCGGACGGACUUUGCCUAG